GAGUUUGAGACACUUUGCCUUGAAGUGCGCUAGAGAGUAGCAGGAACCGUUUGCUCCAAAGUAUCGCCCUUCAGGAAAGUCAUCUUGUUUCACAAUGGCAGAACAAUCUACUAUCGAUUUGGAGAACCGAGAUCCUAACAACAUCAACGACCAUUUGAAGGUCCAGUUUGAGGAUGUUUUGGCUGAGCCCGAAGGUGCACACAGCAUUGACUGUUGCUGGAAGUUUACCAACACAUGCUUCAACUGCGCCUUCAAAUGCUGCUACAUGUUGAUGACCCUUUGUGGGCCUCUCUACGGCCUCUACUACGGUUGGAGUUACGCCAUGCUUGCCUGUGCUCACGUGUGGCAGUACACACCACAGAUCAGAGCUUGCGAAAUUAAUUGCAUCAUGUUCAGGAAAAUAUACACCAUCUGCCUCAACUGCUGCCUGACGCCAUGCUGCGAGUCUUGUGGUGCCGUCUUCAGCAGGAUACAAGUCAAACAAUAACACAGACACAAUAUGGAAGUAUCCUGGCGUUCUUACACAAAGUUAAACAUCAAAGAAAGACUGAUCUGGAUGAUUCAAACACACAUUGCCUUUAAUGGGAACAUGUUAAACUGUCUAUUCUGGAAACGUUACGUGAAGAAACACUAUGUGCGCACAUAUUUCGCCACAAAAACGUACGCGUGUUCCGGGAGGAGAGACCCCCAUUAAACUGUCUAACCCCCUCUCUUCGGGUUAUCUUCUUUUUAACUUUCGUCUCGGAUAUUCAGCGCCUUAUGUUUAUAUUUCGCCUGUGGAAGAAACAAGGGACAUAUCCUCGUGGUCUGGUUUCUUUGUUUGAUAAAGAAGAACUUGAUCCCAGUAUUAUAUUGUAUAUAUGCAUGUUCGCAUUGCUGUGAUAAAUAAACCAUCUUUUAUACGGUA